AUGCAUGGUAUCCUGCUCGGCGAAGAGAUCCCCAACUUUCAGGCGGAAACAACCGUCGGCCCGAUCAGUUUUCAUACUUUUCUCGGAGACUCAUGGGGUGUUUUGUUCUCCCAUCCGAGGGACUACACACCUGUGUGCACCACAGAACUUGGAAGGGCUGUGCGGUUGGCACCAGAAUUUGAAAAACGUGGUGUAAAGAUGAUUGCCCUCUCCAUCGAUAGUGUUGAGGACCAUCUCGGAUGGAGCAAGGACAUCAAUGCAUACAAUGGCGAGGCGGAACCCAAUGACAAGCUUCCCUUCCCCAUUAUUGCGGACCCCAAACGAGUGCUGGCUGUCCUGCUGGGCAUGCUUGACCCUGAUGAGAAGGACCUGGAGGGCAUGCCGGUGACUGCUCGCUGCGUUUUCAUCAUUGGCCCAGACAAGAAGAUGAAGCUGUCCAUCUUGUACCCAGCUACGACUGGCAGGAACUUUGAUGAAAUCCUCAGAGUGGUCGACUCUCUACAGUUAACCGCCAACCACAGUGUGGCCACACCAGUCGAUUGGCAGCCUGGUGAUAGGGUCAUGGUGCCCCCAACCAUGUCCGAGGAG